AUGGCUGAAUACAGUGCGCUGCUUGCCGGCGUGGUCGGCCUCCGUCAUUGGUGCCCCAGUUCCGUCGUCAUCGAGGGAGACAGCGCCCUCGUGAUCUCUCAGGUUCUCGGCCGUGCGCGCUGCCCCGACGACCGCCUCCGUCCCUUCCGCACCCACAUCCUCCGCCAUCUGCAGGCCUUGCGUGAGCGCAACGUCGCCUACACGUUCCGCCACAUCGAACGCAAUAUUAACACCGUCGCCGACGAUUUGGCCACGACUGCAGCGAUACUCCGACUCUCCGAAUGUCGCUGUUUCUGCUCGUUCCCCUCGUCUGCUUGCGCCCCUCGUGUCCUCGACUCCCCGUUUGCUGCCAUUCCUAACACGGACACCGUCUGGAGCCUCCGUCAUGAACGCUUUUGCCCACGUACGAGCGUGGAAUCGAUUCUGCAACCCUGUCCUCCCGUCAUCGAGCCCCGUGUCGUUGCUGCCGCUGCACCCGCCACCUCGGCGUUGCCCUUGUCCUCUACUGCAGCAGACGUCCCGUCUGCAGUGGAUAUUGCGUCAGGUGUCCCUGCUGUCGACGUGGUCCCAUCCGAAGAUAUGGAUGUCGCUCAAGCGCCCCCUGUUGCACCCCCGCUUGCCUUGCAACCCCUCGCCGCCGACGAGUCCACCGAUAUGGACACGUCCGUCGCGGCCGAGGUCGCCCAGGAUCUCUUCCGCCGCCGUCGUCGCGCCCAAUUACCACGCAACAUUCCCGACGACAUUUUCGCCACGGUCUCCGAUUCCCUGCAGCUCCAACCCAUAACAACUCGAUUGGCUGCAAGUCGGAGUGACGGGGUGGCCCAAAACGUCACGACCAACAGUACGGGUGCGUGUUUCGCGACGCUGUCGAACAAACUGCUGCACAAGAGCCACUACACACUGGACAUGCGGUACUCGGGUCGCACGUGGGCCAUGGUUGUAGGGCACAGAAGCAACAACAACACUCUUUUCGGCAACGUAGUCGGACCAAACCUGUUUGACAAUCUUUUCACUCCUGCCCAGCAGACGAGCGAUGUGAGUCUGGACAUACUGCACACCCGAGAAGCGAAAGUAGGCAUGGAGCCGGAGAAUGUCAAGUCUCUCCUCUUUUGUCAAGGCACGUGGUCGCUGCAACUUGACGAAAUCAGCGAUGAUAUCAAACUCGGACUGGAUCAUGGCAAAUUGGCAACUGGUCUAUUCUUGUGGAUGGAUUCCUAG